AUGCCUGAAUCACUAAAUUGUACCUCUGUAUCCCCAGAGUGCCCCGUUGAAGCCACUAUCUACGGCUACACACCCUCCCUGGGUUUCAAUGCAUUUUUCCUUGCCUUUUUUAUGCUAGCAGCUACCUAUCACCUAGCUGCUAGUAUCCGUUAUAAAACAUAUUUCUUCGGUAUAGCCAUAACAAUUGGCUGUUUGGGUGAAGUAACUGGAUAUAUUGGACGAAUUCUCUUGCACAAUAAUGCCUGGUCAGACAUCGGAUUCGAGAUCCAAAUCUCCUGUCUUAUCUUCUCGCCUAGUUUUGUUGUCGCUAGUGUGUAUAUUACGCUUCAACAUAUUGUGCAAACUUUUGGCACAGAAAAAUCGAGGAUUCCCGCAAAAUUUUAUACUUGGGUAUUUAUUACCUUUGAUAUUCUCUCGUUGUUACUACAAGCUAUCGGUGGAGGUAUCGCUGCCAGUGCUGGUGAAGAUCAAAAGACGAGAGAUCUGGGCACGAAUCUCAUGAUUGCGGGUAUCGUGUGGCAGGUCUUCACUUUAAUCGUUUUCGCCGCCUUGGUUAUUGACUACGUUCUUCGAACGAGAAGAUCAUGGGAACGAGUGCCCGAAGAAACGAGAAUCAUGGCUGCAAAAAGACCCUUUAGAUUGUUUUGUGUUGGAAUCAGUGUGGCUUUCGCCACCAUUUUUGCGAGAUGCGUGUAUAGGAUUGCGGAGAUGGUUCAGGGUUGGGCAAAUCCAAUUAUGCGGGAUGAGGCGGGCUUUGUUUUUAUGGAGGGAUUUAUGAUUGUCGUCGCUGUAUCAUCCCUUGCGAUCUUUCAUCCUGGAUGGUGCUUUCCGCAAAUGGCUAAAGGCGCCCAUGCUAAUGGAGAAAGUGUUGAGAAAACAAGGCUUGGAUCUGAGCCUGAGUCUGAGUCUGUAUGA